AUGGUCACAUCCAAGAAGCCCGCUGCCCCAAAGGCCGGCCCUUCUAAGCAGACUGCUAACAGGGUUGUGAAAAACACGCCCGUUAAUUCCACCAACAAACCCGCCAGGGCCGCCGCCAGGGCCAACACCCUCGAGACCAAGAUGAUUCUCAUCUGGAUAUGCCUGCUCAACAAGGGAGGUGACUUCGACUGGGCUGCGAUUGCCCGAGCCUACGGUAUCACUGUCCCUGCGGCUCAAUACCGCUACUACCGUGUGCGCAAGUACAUGAACCAAUUGCAGCUUCCUACCGGCGCCUCCUCUGAUACCAAAGAAUCUGAUGAAGAUGAUUCUGGCGAGGCCCCUUCGGAUGACGAAGGACACUCUAUGGAUCAAGAAGAUGAUGACUUCCCUGGUGCGGACGACGAUGGGCCUGGCCAUGCCAUGGCUGUUGAGCUGUAG